CCUCCCUCCCACCCCCCUCAGGCCCCGGUUAUCAAGGCUUUGUCCUUGGUAUUUCUUCGGUUUUCCUGAUCCUUCACAUCUUCUCUUUCGUGACCAGCCUUUUCGGCCCUGUCCGACCUUCUGCUUUCACCAACCUUCAUUCCUCGAAUUAUCCGGGCCACGAUACGGUCGGCAUUGGAUAUAUCCGUUCCUCUUCCACCCUUUAUCGUCUACUCUCCAGUUCUCUAGUCAUUUGCACGGCUAGCUGCUGUGCCCCCAUCAUCCAGUCAACAUGACUACCAUGGAUUUGCGUGUCGGUAACAAGUACCGCAUCGGCCGUAAGAUCGGAAGCGGCUCUUUUGGUGACAUCUACCUCGGCACCAACAUUAUCUCCGGUGAAGAGAUCGCCAUCAAGCUCGAGAGCGUCAAGGCCAAGCACCCCCAGCUCGAGUAUGAGGCUCGCGUCUACAAGUCUCUCGCUGGCGGUGUCGGCAUCCCCUUUGUCCGCUGGUUCGGUACUGAGUGCGACUACAACGCCAUGGUCAUCGACCUCCUGGGUCCCAGUCUCGAGGACCUGUUCAACUUCUGCAACCGCAAGUUCUCUCUGAAGACCGUUCUUCUGCUCGCCGAUCAGCUCAUCUCCCGUAUCGAAUACAUCCACGCCAAGUCAUUCAUCCACCGUGAUAUCAAACCCGACAACUUCCUGAUGGGUAUCGGCAAGCGGGGCAACCAGGUCAACGUGAUCGAUUUCGGUUUGGCCAAGAAGUACCGCGACCCCAAGACCCACUUCCACAUCCCUUACCGCGAGAACAAGAACCUCACGGGUACUGCCCGUUAUGCCAGUAUCAACACUCACUUGGGUGUCGAGCAGUCUCGCCGUGAUGAUAUGGAGUCCCUGGGUUACGUGAUGCUCUACUUCUGCCGUGGCUCCCUCCCCUGGCAGGGCCUGAAGGCUGCUACCAAGAAGCAGAAGUAUGACCGUAUCAUGGAGAAGAAGAUGACUACCCCCACCGAGGUGCUCUGCCGUGGUUUCCCCAACGAAUUCGCCAUCUACUUGAACUACACCCGCUCCCUCCGCUUCGAUGACAAGCCCGACUACUCGUACCUGCGCAAGAUUUUCCGUGACCUGUUCGUCCGUGAGUCCUUCCAGUACGACUAUGUGUUCGACUGGACCGUCUACAAGUACCAGAAGAACGCUGCCAUGAUCGUGGACGCUACCAAGAAGGACAAGGAUGAAGAGCAGGCACGCCGCCAGGCUGCCGCUGUCCCCAUGGGUGCCAGCGCUGCGGCCGCCAAGCCCGGUGCCAUCUCGGGCCAGCGUCGCAAGGUCAUUGACCGUGGAGCCCUCGACAACACUCCGGACACCAACCGUGCCGUGGGAGGAAGUGACAGGAUGCUGCGUUCUGCCUCGAAAGGUGCCGCUUUAGGUUAUGGACCUUCUGGUGGCCGUUCGAAGCGGGACGAUGGAUCAGGGGCUCAAUGGUACUAAUCCCGUAGCACUUGCAGUGAGACCUGGUUAGGUGGAUUUGAUUUUGUUUGAUUUCUUUUCCCCCUCUGCUUGUCUCCUGCUUGCUCCACGUCCUUCUUUCUCGACCAUCAUGAAAUUCCGAGAUUUCCCAUUUGUCACCGUCGCUGUGGACACGACCCUGCUGCACACGACUUAUCUCGGAUUUCUAUUUUUCUCCUUGGAUCUCUCCGUUCAUUCUGCAAUCAUCUCUGACAGCCCUUCCACUUCGUCCUCGAUCCCAAUUUUCGACCUUGACCGUUUCGAUCCGUCAACCUGUUGUUCGUUUGCUCGCCCUUCUAACUCCGCAAAGCCUGGAUCUACGUACCUGUGAUCCACCUUUUUGUGCCGAGCAGCCCGAUGACCUUUUGACUACUGUUUUCUUUCCCUAUUUCGGAUAUUCGUCCUCGUCUUUCACGGGAUACGACCGAUUACUCAGUUUCGAAACGCUUUCUGAUUUGGUGGCUAUUCUUAUGUCUUGACCUCUUCGACCCUUCGCGAUUUCGGUAUUCUGUCAACUCGACUGAAUCGUGCGACUGGAAAGGCAAGACUCAAGAAGAGAUGCAGAUGAAGACAGCAAUCUGGAUACUUGAACACUACGUCUCCCUAUCUCUCUGGUUGCUGGUACUGGACUUCCUGGAGACCGCAUCCACGCAUGCGUUAUUCCCAUCAUUUUUUCCCCCCCCCCCCCCCCCCUUCCCUUUUUUUUGCCCAUGAUUCGUUUCACCCACUUUGCUUUUUGGAAUUCUUUUGUUUGCUGCAUAUCGACGCCGUAUGGGGGACGAGGGGACGACCGGCACCUGCCGAUCGGAUUUUGAGGCUGUGGAGAUCGUUUUUCGGGUGGCUUUCUUCGGGUCUUUGGUUUCUAGGCUACUGGUUCAUGCCCUGCUCUUCAUGCAUGAAUUUGACCUACCAAUGGAUGUUUACCCGCUCGGAGAGAGCUAGUUCUCGACUGGUGAUUGGCGACGGAAAAUGGCUAGGGUCGCUUCCGGGGUGGUAUUGCGUCGAUUUGCACUGUGUUUUUUCCCUCUCAUAUUUGCUAGCCCAUUGCCCUUCCCAACUGCAUGUUAAACUCGUCUCUUGAUUUGUUAUUCAUUUCCUUAGUCGCAGGCGUUUCUCAAGAGGCCUCGGGAGGGAGACAUGACCGGAUCUCUUCAAGUUCGCUAUUAUCCGGCAGUCCCCCUACCCAGACUCUGACAGAUACACUGUCGAUUUUCAACAUCUAAUACGAACUCUUUCUCCCACAAAUCCUGAGUACUAGUAAUCUGCAUAUCUGGGAGCCUCCCUAAUCUCACCCUGGCCAGAUUUAUUCGGUGAGAUCAUCGAGUCCCUUUGCCACACGUUCUGGCCCUUUGGGACGUCCGCGUCGAUCUCCACUCCGUCGGAUUACACAUCAAAUCUUCCUGAACGGGCACGGGGCACGACUAUGGGAGAAUAAUGUAGCCGCCUGGGCCUGCAUAAUAGCACGGGAU